AUGGCCGGGGUUGCCAUCCAUUGGCAAUGCGCGCUAAUCGAACGAACGCUACAGCUGCACUACACAGAGGAGAACGCUGCAGCUGCACUACACAGAGGAGAACGCUACAGCUGCACUACACAGAGGAGAACGCUACAGCUGCACUACACAGAGGAGAACACACUACAGCUGCAACUACACAGAGGAGAACACUACAGCUGCACUAACACAGAGGAGAACACUACAGCUGCACUACACAGAGGAGAACACUACAGCUGCACUACACAGAGGAGAACACUACACUGCACUACACAGAGUACAGCUGCACUCACAGAGAGAACGCUGCACUACACAGAGGAGAACACUACAGCUGCACUACACAGAGGAGAACGCUACAGCUGCCACUACACAGAGGAGAACACUACAGCUGCACUACACAGAGAGAACACUACAGCUGCACUACACAGAGAACACUACAGCUGCACUACACAGAGAGCGCACUACACAGAGGAGGAACGCUACAGCUGCACUGCACAGAGGAGAACACUACAGCUGCACUACACAGAGGAGAACGACACUGCACACAGAGGAGAACACUACAGCUGCACUACACAGAGGAGAACGCUACAGCUGCACUACACAGAGGAGAACGCUACAGCUGCACUACCCAGAGGAGAACGCUACAGCUGCACUACACAGAGGAGACACUACAGCUGCACUACACAGAGGAGAACACUACAGCUGCACUACACAGAGGAGAACACUACAGCUGCACUACACAGAGGAGAACGCUACAGCUGCACUACAGAGAGAACACUACAGCUGCACUACACAGAGGAGAACACUACAGCACUACACAGAGGAGAAACACUACAGCUGCACUACACAGAGGAGAACACUACAGCUGCACUACACAGAGGAGAACGCUACUGCACUACACAGAGGAGAACACUACAGCACUACACAGAGGAGAACACUACAGCUGCACUACACAGAGGAGAACGCUACAGCUGCACUACACAGAGGAGGAACACUACAGCUGCACUACCACAGAGGAGAACGCUACAGCUGCACUACACAGAGGAGAACGCUACAGCUGCACUACACAGAGGAGAACGCUACAGCUGCACUACACAGAGAACACUACAGCUGCACUACACAGAGGAGAACGCUACAGCUGCACUACACAGAGGAGAACACUACAGCUGCACUACACAUGCACUACACAGAGGAGAACACUACAGUGCACUACACAGAGGAGAACACUACAGUGCACUACACAGAGGAGAACACUACAGCUGCACUACACAGAGGAGAACACACUUACAGCUGCACUACACAGAGAGAACGCUACAGCUGCACUACACAGAGGAGAACACUACAGCUGCACUACACAGAGGAAACACUACAGCUGCACUACACAGAGGAGAACGCUACAGACACAGCUACAGCUGCACUACACAGAGGAGAACACUACAGCUGCACUACACAGGGAGAACACUACAGCUGCACUACACAGAGGAGAACGCUACAGCUGCACUGCACAGAGGAGAACACUACAGCUGCACUACACAGAGGAGAACACUACAGCUGCACUACACAGAGGAGAACGCUACAGCUGCACUACACAGAGGAGAACACUACAGCUGCACUACACAGAGGAGAACGCUACAGCUGCACUACACAGAGGAGAACACUACAGCUGCACUACACAGAGGAGAACACUACAGCUGCACUACACAGAGGAGAACACUACAGCUGCACUACACAGAGAGAACGCUACAGCUGCACACACAGAGGAGAACGCUACAGCUGCACUACACAGAGGAGAACUACAGCUGCACUACACAGAGGAGAACGCUACAGCUGCACUACACAGAGGAGAACGCUACAGCUGCACUACACAGAGGAGAACGCUACAGCUGCACUACACAGAGGAGAACGCUACAGCUGCACUACACUGCACUGCACUACACUACACAGAGGAGAAACAUCAGCUGCACUACACAGGUGGAAGUUGAUAAACCAACCAAGUCGUAG